AUGGCGCACGGGGUACUGUGUUUGUAGAAUGCUGAGAAGUUUUUACGUAAACACUUCAAUAGAUUGCGUUAAUAUUAGUAAUUGUUUCGUUAUAAAUUGUACUUGUGUUUAGAAGAAUCGUCUUAAGGUUACAUAUGUGUUCUAAAGUCCAAGAUUCCUUGUGUACGCAACAUCGUCUCUGUAGUAUCAGACACUUACAGAUAACUUAGUUGGUGUCAUAAUGUCCGAGGAGUACGCUCGUGAGAUACUUCGAAGGAAUGUUGCUCAAAUAUGUCAGACCAUUGGAUGGAAUGGGAUUAAUUCCACACCACUUGAUAUUAUGGUACAUGUCUUGGAAAAGUAUAUUCGUUCAUUAGGCACACAAUCAAACAGAUAUGCUGAGCAAUUCAACAGAACUGAGCCCAAUUUAAACGAUCUAGGAUUAGUAUUUCGCGAUCUUCAUAUACAGUUGCCUGAUUUAAGUGAAUUCACUCAGUCAGUACCAUCUGUACCUCCACCUGUCAAAACAGAAAAUUUUCCAAAACCAAAAGAAUCCAACCUAAAUUUUCUAAAGCCUGGCAGCCAUGAAGUUGUUACAAGACCUAUGCAUGUUCAUGAACAUUUGCCACCAAUGUAUCCAGAAAAAGAGCAGGAUACACCAGUAGUUGCUGGAACAAUUGAGAUCUGUCAUAAUGGUGUUGAUGGUGGUGAGACCAAUCCUUCUCGUGCAAGUCCUGAAAUAUCAGUCACAGACAGUCCCGAAAAGCCAAAGGAUAUAUUCAAGAGGCCGAUAGACCCAGUAUCAUUACCUAGUAACAAAAGGCCAAGGUUACGCAUGGAUGAAGAAGAAAGAACUAGAGAAAUCAGCAGUGUUAUGAUGACCAUGUCAGGCUUUUUGUCACCUGCAAGGGAAGGUAAAUUACCUGAAGCAAGACCACCAGCUAUCGUUUCAGAUAAACAUGACAAACAUAAAGCUAAUUCACACCAUUCUAAUCCAACAAAAGCACCCAUGUUAGAUAAAUCUGAUAAGAAAUCAAAGAAAAAUAAGUUAGUAAAUGGUAAAAUUAUUAAAAGCAAAAGAAAGGAUAAAAGCCAUAAAGGUGAAAGUGGUAAAUCUAAGGAUAACAGUAAAUUGGACAGAUAUCCACCUGGACAUCCCACUAAAAAUAAAGACACACAUACUACACAGCAUAAUAAUGUGGCAAUGCCAGCACCAAAUGUAACACCGCUACAACAACCCCCUAGGCCAUUAGUGCCACCACUACAAACACCAAUAACCCCAGCACCAAUAUCUGAAUCCCCUAGACCCUUAGGAAUUAAACAAGAACAGUUGGAAACACAUCAACAACCAACUGCAUCCAGUUCUAGAAAUCUUUUACCUAGAGAAGAUGCAAUACCUGUACCCAGAAAAAUACCUAUCUCAAAAUCACCACUUGUCCCCUCUACACCUGUAAAUAAGAAUGCUACAGUAACAAAUUCAAUAAUACCAGAUAUACAAAUAAAAAAAGAAGUGGUUGUAGAGCAAGAAAAACUUGCAUCACAGCCAGAUCGAUCAAAAAUUAAUAUAUUUAAAAGAAUAUCGAACAAAUCGAAAGAAGAUAAAAGCCACUCUGAUGCUAGUACAGAGAAGCCACAAUCUGAAUCUUUGAUCUCAAGGUUGCAGAAUACUGCACAUGAAAAUUGUAGCUUGCAAUCACAUGAUAACAUUGCGAACAAUAAUAAUAGUAGUCCUGUAGAUUUAUCAAAAGUAAUCGAUAUCAGAGCUCAUGAAGUUAUUAGUCUUGAUGAUGAUUCCUUAGAUAAUUUGCCUACACUGCCAGGUUUGUCUGCCUUAGAAUCAAAACCCAGCUUAUCUAUUACUAAAUCACUACCAUUAUCAAAUUCUAAGGAUUUUGGAAGUCCAAAAGUGAAAAAAGAUAAGAAACAUAAAGAGAAGAAGGACAAAUCUGCAAAGUUAGAAGCAAAGCUUAAAAAACAACAACAACAAUUAGCUUAUGAAAUGGUACAAAUGCCAGAGAAAAAGAAGACAAAAGUUGGUAAUGAAAAAUCCAAAUCUGGUAGGCCAAAGAAUCAACCAAAAAUGCCACAGAUGCCACCAGGUUUUCCAUUUUUUGCAGCUAUGCCACCUGGCAGAGGUAUGAUGCCUGGACCAGGUUUGAUACCUAAUCCUGGUUUAAUACCUGGAAAUGAUUUUUUAGCUGGGCUUGCAAAUAAUCCAGCAUUACGAGGCCUGCCUGCACCAAAUUUGAUAAGUAAUCCAUUUGCUCUAGGGGCGGGGGGUCCCGGUCUUAUUCCAAGUUCCAGUUUUUUGCCAGGAAUACCAAAUCACCUACUCCCUAUGGGUAAUUUUCCACAUUCAUCAAGAUCAUCUACAGGUAAAAUUCCACAUAUGCUUAGAAGGCCGAGUUUAGAAGUAAUACCUGUAGACAAUGAUGAAGAACACAUGACUAAACCACCUGGAAUAUGUCAUGAUAAAGACAGGCAUGAUAAGCACAAACCACCCACAGUUCCCAACAUAUUACAAAAGCAGAAGUCCAAGUCAAAUAAGGAUCACAAAACUAACAUAUACAGAAUGCCUCCAGUUCAACCUGAUAUCACUAUACAACUGAACCCUCCAAAACCAGAACUUAUACGACAAGAGCAAACUCGGGAACCUCCACCACCUGAGCGAUUACCGACUCCAGAGCCGGCACCCAUUGAAAGGCCAGAACCCCAGAUAAUUGCAGAGUCAACAUCAACAAACACUUCCAUACCCAAUAUUUUAAAACAAGAAUUAGACAGUCCAGAAAAGAAAAAGGAUAAAUCACAUAAAAAAGAAAAGAGAGAUAAGGAUGGCAUUAAAAUUAAGAAAAAGAAAGACAAAAAAGAUAAAAACAAAGAAAAGUCUGAUAAAAAGAAGGAUAUGGAGAAGCAAGAAGAGAAAGACAGAAUUAAAAAAGAAAAGAAGGAGAAGAGAAAAGAGAAAUCUGCAGAAGGCCUUGUGCCUAAGUUAACUCUUAAAUUGAGCUCUUCCAAUUCAAAUUCACCAAUGCCUCCAAGUUCGCCUGAUAUAUUUAAGCUUAACAUAAAACCAGUUAUUAAAAAGGAAGAUGAUAAUUCAUCAGUGAAAGAAGAGUCUGUAUCUCGUGAACAUAGCCGAUCUCCAGAGUUAGCCCAAAUAUCAGCAUUAGUAACAAGGCCACCUAAACAAAAACCUGUAAAACAAAAUCAAGUAGCUGAACCUGAAGUGUCAGUAUCUUCCCCUCCAUCAGCAUCACCAUCUCGGAAAAAUCACCCUCCAUCAAGCCACUCAAAGUAUAAGAGAAUUUUAAUUAAACCCAUCUCGAAAAAGGGUCAAGCUGAUAAUUUGGAUGAAGACUCACCUGUUGUUGUAGAAGAUACAACAGCCCCGCCACCUGCAACAGACAAACCAAGUGGGCCAUUGCCUACUCCUUAUUAUGUUGAUGAACACGGUAACAAAAUUUGGGUGUGUCCUGCCUGUGGACGUCCUGAUAAUGGCUCGCCUAUGAUCGGAUGUGAUGGCUGUGAUGGGUGGUACCACUGGGUUUGUGUUGGUAUUACAGAAGAGCCUGGUGCAACUGAGGAUUGGUUCUGUAAGUCGUGUAUUGCAAAACGAGCUGCAAUGGUUUUGGCUGGAGUGACAACUGGUAAAAAACGUGGACGAAAACCGAAAGGAGAAAAAGUCAGAGACUGUAAUUAAUACAGAACUUUGUUAUUACUGAGAUUAGAUUUAGUUUUUCUUGAUUCUAUAGACAGGAGUAAAUGGAAUGUGAUUGUUAAUGGAUUAUUGUUGAUUGAUAUCAUGCUGAUAAGUUUUCAUCAUUUAUAAUGUUAAUAAUAUCAUAAGUUAGAUUUAAGAAUAAAUAAUAAUUGAAUAAAUAAUAAAUAUUAACAUGAAAUGUUGAACAUGAAACUAGUGUAGGCUAUAUAAGAAUAAAUACCAUAAUUAUAAUUAUUUUUGUUAAAUUUCUUUUUAUUUCUCAUUUGCUCGGUUAGAUCAAGACUUUGAGUGUGGGUGUGUAUGUACACAUUGCGCGUGUAACAUAGAUUUUAAUAACUAUAAGAUUCUUUUUAUAUUGUACAAACGCUGAAUUUACUUAAGAAAUUGGUGAUGUAUAAAGUAAUGUUAGCGAAUAUUUAAAUAAACAUAAAGGGCUGAAUGUAUUUUCAGUCUAUAUUUGAAUAUUUUCAUAUUAUAAUUUUAUUAUAACCCUGUUUUUUUUUGUUAAUGUUGUUCCUUCGGAUCUUGUACAGGGCCAGCACAAUCUCGCAAUACCUCCUCCUUCUCUGGCAAUAAAUCUAUAUGAUUAUGUUCGAAAAAACAGCGAAAGGGUGCUUGUCCUAUGAUUAACAUUGAGAGGAGGUUUUAUGUUAAAUUUUAAAUUCUGCCAGUGGCCAAUUAAAUAAUGGUACUCAAA